AUGGCUCCUGGCGGAGGAGGGAAUAUCAAGGUGGUAGUGAGGGUACGGCCGUUCAACAGCAGAGGAAGAAAGCUCCAUAAGACUGACACGGUACCGGUGUUUAUUCCAGAAAUCGCCCGCUCCGCAAAAUGCAUCGUCCAAAUGAAAGGAAACCAAACGGCUCUAACGCCGCCGCCGGGAGCCGAAGAAAAGUCACGCAAGGGCGGCAAAGCCGGCGGCGCGAUCGAGGGGCCCAAAUCGUUCGCGUUUGACAAGUCGUAUUGGUCGUUCGAUCGGAAUGACAAGAACUACGCCGGGCAAGAUGAUUUGUUUGGUGAUUUGGGGCUACCGCUGCUGGAUAAUGCGUUUCAAGGUUAUAAUAACUGUAUAUUCGCGUAUGGCCAGACGGGUUCGGGAAAGUCGUAUUCGAUGAUGGGUUAUGGUGAGGAGUAUGGUGUGAUUCCGAGGAUUUGCAAAGAUAUGUUUCAGCGGAUUGAGAUGAUGCAGGCGGAUAAGAACCUAUCGUGUACGGUUGAGGUGUCGUAUCUGGAAAUCUAUAACGAACGGGUGAGGGAUCUGCUGAAUCCGGCGACGAAAGGGAACCUCAAGGUCCGCGAGCACCCGUCAACGGGUCCUUAUGUGGAGGAUCUGGCGAAACUGGUAGUGCGGUCGUUUCAGGAGAUUGAGAACUUGAUGGAUGAGGGAAACAAAGCGAGGACCGUGGCGGCGACGAAUAUGAACGAGACGUCGAGUCGAUCGCAUGCGGUUUUCACUUUGACUCUGACGCAAAAGCGCCACGAUACUGAGACGACGAUGGACACGGAGAAAGUUUCGCGGAUUAGUCUUGUCGAUUUGGCCGGCUCCGAGAGAGCUACGUCCACGGGAGCGACGGGCGCUCGACUCAAGGAGGGUGCAGAGAUCAAUAGAUCGCUGUCUACGUUGGGUCGUGUCAUUGCAGCUUUGGCAGACCUGUCGUCAGGCAAGAAGAAAAACGCUGCGAUGGUUCCGUAUCGCGACUCCGUGUUGACUUGGUUACUCAAGGACUCUCUUGGUGGGAACUCGAUGACCGCGAUGAUUGCAGCCAUUUCUCCCGCCGAUAUCAAUUAUGAGGAGACGUUGAGUACGCUACGAUACGCCGACUCUGCCAAGCGGAUCAAGAAUCAUGCCGUUGUCAACGAGGAUCCGAAUGCUCGUAUGAUUAGAGAGCUAAAGGAAGAACUUGCGCAACUGAGAAGCAAGCUUGGCGGCGGCGUGGCUGCUGGAGGCUCCGGAACCGGCAUCGCUCAAGAAACGUAUCCAGCCGGAACUCCCUUGGAACAGCAAAUGGUGACCAUCGAACAGCCAGAUGGUACGGUUAAAAAAGUCAGCAAGGCCGAUAUCGUUGAGCAACUGAACCAAAGUGAAAAACUGUACAAGGACCUGAAUCAGACAUGGGAGGAGAAAUUGGCAAAGACAGAAGAGAUUCACAAGGAAAGAGAGGCCGCUUUGGAAGAGCUUGGUAUAAGCAUUGAAAAGGGAUUCAUUGGCCUGUCGACGCCGAAAAAGAUGCCUCAUCUGGUUAAUCUCAGCGAUGAUCCUCUGUUGGCGGAGUGCUUGGUUUAUAAUAUCAAGCCUGGAUGUACGACAGUUGGGAAUGCGGACACCGCGACAAAUUGUGAGAUCCGUCUAAACGGGUCAAAGAUUCUACACAAUCACUGCACGUUUGAGAAUGUAGAUAAUGUUGUGACAGUCGUUCCGACGGAAGGCGCCGCGGUGAUGGUCAAUGGGCUGCGGAUUGAUAAACCAAAGCGACUGCGAAGUGGAUUUCGGAUAAUCCUGGGCGACUUUCAUAUAUUCAGGUUCAAUCAUCCCCAGGAAGCCCGUGCGGAGCGAGUCGAGCAGAGUUUACUCCGUCAUUCGGUCACUGCUAGCCAGCUCUCCUCGCCUGUUGUUCCACGAAGCCAUGAUAGGUCGAUGAGCAAGAGUGGCUCAGAGGUUGACGGCGAUUCAAUUGGGGCGGAAUCACCCGUGCCAUCACGAGGAGGGCGGGAUUCAGACUGGUUUCUUGCAAGACGAGAGGCUGCGAGCGCUAUACUUGGAGGUGACCAGAAGAUUUCCCAUCUUACGGAUGAUGAGCUGGAUGCUCUUUUUGAUGACGUCCAGAAAGCUCGUGCAGUGAGGAAAGGUAGAACGGAGAAUAGGUUCUUGGACAACGAGGAGGAUUCGGAUUCCGUUAGCUCCUAUCCGGUGCGGGAUAAAUAUAUGUCUAAUGGGACGAUUGAUAAUUUCUCGCUAGAUACGGCCAUAACUAUGCCUGGCACUCCUCACCAGACCGAGGAUGAGGACAAGGAGUCGAGAGAGCCGGUGCUGCAGAUGGUGCGGGAUGAUAUGCAACGCCAGUUGGAUAAGCAAAGGGAGGAGUAUCAGGAGAAGCUGAGAGCAUCGGAAGCGUCACAACAGGACAUGGACGAAUUACGAGCCGAAAAGGCUCGAAUGGAAGAGGCACUUCUUGCGGCAAAAGAAGAGUUUCAGCACCAGUUGCAAAAGCAAAAGGAAGCUUUUGAGUCGCACAUCAAGGACCUUGGCCAUGCUCCCCCUAAGCCUUAUGAGGAUGGCCUGCCAGUCUUACAGCCGGGUGAAAUAGACACGGCAAAACGGGUCUUCCGGCACUGGAGGCGACGGAAUUAUGUUCGCAUGGCUGAAUCUGUGCUUCAGCAUGCAUCUUUACUCAAAGAGGCCCAGGUAAUGAGUCAUAUAAUGGAAAAGAAUGUCUCAUUCCAAUUUGCUGUCAUUGACGUUGGUCAGAACAUGGAGUCGUCGUAUGACCUUGUGCUCAACGGCAUAUCAGGCGAUGACGAUGUGGCGCUCGACGAUGCGAAGAAGCCAUGCAUUGGCGUUCGAGUGAUUGAUUUCAAGAACAGCAUCAUUUAUCUAUGGUCCCUGGAUAAGCUACAGCGCAGGGUCCAAACGAUGAGGCAGAUGCAUCAAUAUAUCGAUCGGCCCGAUUAUAUUCAGCAUUUUCGGUUGGAAAAUCCGUUCUCGGAGAGGUGUCCGCCUAGGUAUUCCCUAGUCGGAGACGCCGAUAUCCCUCUGGCAGCCGUAUUUGAGUCUCGCGUUCAAGACUUUUCAGUCGAAGUGGUCUCACCGUACACUCAAAAUGUGAUUGGACUUAUAAGGUUAUCGUUAGAGCCUUCUGCUGCACAAGCACCUUCGUCGACGCUCAAGUUCAACGUUGUCAUGCAUGAUAUGGUUGGGCUUCGCCGAGCGAGAGGGCACCGAUACAAGUUACUGAGCUGGGAUGAGAUGAGGGAUGCGCCUGAAGGUCCCCCACAGAAAAGAAAGGCCCCCAGGAUACCUGAGUCGGAAUUCUAUUCGGAAGAGAGACAUGAUGUCUUUGCGAGGAUUCAAAUCCUCGAAUUAGCGGAAUCGGGGCAAUAUCUGCCUGUUGACGUGUUACAAACUAAUAAUCUGGAUCCUGGGACCUACCAGCUCCAUCAAGGCCUUCAGCGGCGCAUUGUCGUUGAUCUUACAUAUAAUUCGACGGAAAGUCUACCCUGGGACGACAUUACUGCUCUGCGAGUUGCUGCUGUACAUCUCUUGGACCCAUGGGGCAAAAUUCCUGAUAUGGAAACGCAAACUUCAGAUAUUCAGCUCAAAUUGGUCCAGGAGCCGAUGUUAAGAGACAACGCCGAUGGGACGUCCAACGUGACCCUUAUUGGGCAAUGGGAUUCCAGUCUCCACGGAUCGCUCCUUUUAGAUCGCACGACGGCAGAUAAAUAUCGAGUUCAGAUAACAGUACGCUGGAACCUGGUAUCUUCUCGUCUUCAGGAUCCUAUUGUAUUUGAACUUGACCAACGACUGCAAAUAUUAAGCAGGACAUAUGUCCGCCAGCAGUCAAUGUUUAAGCAAUUCUGGAGCUCAUCUCGCGUCAUCCAUUCCACGGUGGGAAUGUUCUCGCUUGCUGUCAGACCAGUCUCCGCAAAGCGAGCAGCAGACCUUUGGCGUAUGAACACACAAAAUGACUAUGUGAAAGGCGAAGAGUUACUCAGUACCUGGUCACCCCGCAAAGUAUCCCUAGUUCGAGAUUAUAUCUAUGCUCGAAAACGGCGGCGCCGUGUCGCAGAAAUCGACGCUGCUCGCGGGUCGUUGAGCACGGGUAGCUUAACGCCUUUGACGAAUGGUUGGUCCACUCCAUCAAGAGGCGCGGACAAAUCUCAAAGGCAAGAAAAACUGCUUAGAAAGUAUCUUGACCUAUGGUCUACCAAAAAGGACCUAGCAGAGACUAUUCUUGUCAAGGAUAAUACGGAGCCGCCCACUGAAGGAGCAUACGCCCGCAAUACGAGCAAUAAUACACCAGUUAAGCAACCGACGAAUCCCUCGAGCAACACCAGUCUCUCAGGCGACGCUGAAAGUACAAUUUCCAGUCACCUAUCAUCCGUUGUUUCAUCAAAGCCUCGCUUCCUAGCCACAAUUCAACACAUACCAAAAAAUCCCUCCUCUUCUAAAUCCGGCUACCUUUACACUCCAGACGACACCAACACUCACUGGAUCCGCCGCUUCGUUGAACUCCGGGUUCCUUACCUCCACAUCCACUCUGUCCCUGAUGGGGACGAAAUCAAUGCGAUCAACCUGCGCAAUUCGCAUAUUGACCAUGAACCCGAUUUUGCUCGUUUACUGGGCUCUUCCGCCAGGAACAACAAUGAUGAUCAGCGGAGUCGAGAGCCCAUGCGUGGAAGACCGAAUGUCUUUGCUGUAUAUGGCACGCAAAAUACGUACCUGUUCGCAGCGAGGACAGAGGCGCAGAAAAUUGAGUGGAUUUUAAAGAUUGAUCAGGUUCUUGACUACACGCCACGGAAUGACCAGAUCAAGAAAGCACAUGUGAGGACAAGACUUGUCUUUGGCAUGCCAGUCACCAGCUCUGAAGCAUUGCCAUACCACUAUCCUCCCUAUUCAAUUCAGCCAAAACCUCACGCAAUGAGACUGCCUAGGUUUUCGUUCCGUCACCUUGUCCUCGCUAGCUGCACGUCGUUGCUUGUUUUCGUCAGCUUCGUCAUCUUGCAGGCAGAUCGACCUCGAGAGCGGCUCUCUACCUCAUGGCACUCCCCCAUAGCUACAGGCAAACUUGUACCCGAAAUCAAUUCAACAGUUUGGAGAUUUGUGACGUCGGAACACGGUGACGAUUAUGGACUCGGUCGGGUUCAGUGUCGAAUUGCGUUUCCAAAGCUGUUUGCGGAGAUCGAGAAAUCAGUGUCCGCCCGUCGAGGGAAGAAGAUUGAAUAUGAGGAGCUGGCUUCAAGGACUUUGGAAGAUGGGAUGGUGAGAGCAAUAAUUUACAACGGAGAGCUACGUAUUGUCAAUUUCGAGGGACAUGAAUUUACGUUCACUCGCGCCAAAGCGACAUUGAGCUCGCUCAAUCGUGCCCUCACUGCUAUACCGGACCGCAGAAGCUUGCCCAAUAUUGAAUUCAUCUUUUCGGCCGACGAUUUCACCCAUGGCCCGGGCCCUAUAUGGACAUAUUCCAAGCGAGAUGAGGACAGUUGGGCGUGGUUAAUGCCUGAUUUCGGAUAUUGGUCUUGGCCAGAAGCCAACAUAGGGCCAUACCGUCAGAUCCGAAGGCGCAUUGCUGCCAUUGACGAUGGAGACUCUGUUGGCGGACGGGUAAGACCAGGGCUCAAGUUCCAAAAUAAACACCAAAAGCUCUUUUGGCGCGGCAAUAUUGCUACGGCACCGGUACUUCGAAAUAAGUUCCUCCAAGUCACACACGACAAGGCCUGGGCGUCAGUUUUGCCAAUGGACUGGAGCAAUAGCACGGAUAUAGAAGCGAAGUAUGUGCCCAUCGAGGAGCACUUCUUCAUCACCCACAAGCUCGAGUGGCGUGAGGUGCAUCACGCAGCACUCGUGUCGUCAGGACCAGAGGCCAACUAUGUCGAAGUACAACGGGAUUUCUCUGAUUUGGAGGGAAAGAUUCGGCACCUCUUAACGCAUCCGAAAAUUGCGGAACGGAUUGCACAAAAUAGCGUCGAGGUGUUCAGAGAUCGGUAUUAA